AAGAUGUCGAUGGAUGUGACAUUUCUGGGGACUGGUGCAGCAUAUCCAUCCCCAACCCGGGGGGCCUCUGCUCUGGUCCUUCGGUGUGAGGGUGAGUGCUGGCUCUUUGACUGUGGAGAGGGAACUCAGACGCAGCUUAUGAAAAGCCAACUUAAAGCAGGGAGAAUUACCAAGAUCUUCAUCACACAUCUUCAUGGAGACCAUUUCUUCGGCCUCCCUGGCCUCCUCUGCACAAUUAGCCUGCAGAGUGGCUCCACAGUCACCAAACAGCCUAUCGAAAUCUAUGGCCCUGCAGGGCUUCGGGACUUUAUCUGGCGAACCAUGGAGCUCUCUCACACGGAGCUGGUCUUCCCUUAUGUGGUCCAUGAGCUGGUGCCCACAGCAGAUCAGUGUCCUCCAGAAGAACUAAAAGAAUUUGCACAUGUGAACAGAGAAGAAAGCUCUCCCAAAGAAGGACAAGGAAGAACAAUCCUAUUAGACUCAGAAGAAAACUCCUACCUUCUGGUUGAUGAUGAACAGUUUGUUGUGAAAGCAUUUCGCCUCUUUCACCGGAUUCCCUCCUUUGGGUUUUCAGUUGUAGAAAAGAAACGCCCAGGCAAGCUCAAUGCCCAGAAACUGAAAGACCUUGGUGUUCCGCCAGGUCCUGCCUAUGGGAAGCUGAAAAAUGGAAUUUCUGUUGUUCUGGAAAAUGGAGUUACAAUUUCCCCCCAAGAUGUCUUAAAAAAGCCUAUUGUUGGAAGAAAAAUCUGCAUUUUGGGUGACUGUUCUGGGAUUGUGGGUGAUGGAGGAGUGAAGCUGUGCUUUGAAGCAGACCUGUUGAUCCAUGAAGCGACCUUGGAUGACACCCAGAUGGACAAAGCAAAGGAGCAUGGCCACAGCACACCACAGAUGGCUGCAACGUUUGCAAAGUUGUGCCAGGCAAAGAGGCUGGUUCUGACUCACUUCAGUCAGAGGUACAAACCAAUUGCCUUGGCCAAAGAAGGAGAAACAGAUGGGACUGUAGAGCUGAAAAAGCAAGCUGAAUCAGUGUUAGAUCUGCAGGAAGUGACUCUAGCAGAAGAUUUUAUGGUGAUUGGCAUUCCAAUCAAGAAAUGAAACUGGGACUCCUCACUGUGUCCUGACGCUAUCUGUGAAUCUGUUUCUGAACCAACAGCCCAGUUUGUUGUUUUGGAUCUAAAAUUAUUUAGGGCCUAAUAAUCCUAAAAAGGAUGAAGCUGCACUGUUGCACCGACUCAUUAGUGAGAGGAAGCAAACUUUUUGAUAAUAAAUCAUUUUGAAAAGA